GUAAUGAAAAACACAGUAUUCACGUUGCUUCUCAACAAGAAGAUGGUGAACCUACGCUACAAGACAUGGCUGUACUUAUUGAGCAAGUCACUGGAGUUCCAGUUCCUUUUCAGAAACUGAUAUACAAAGGGAAGUCUCUGAAAGAACUGGAACAACCGUUGUCAGCGCUUGGUGUUAAAAAUGGUUGCAAAGUCAUGUUGAUUGGGAAAAGGAAUAGUCCAGAAGAAGAGGCUGAAUUAAAGAAGUUAAAAGAUUUGGAGAAGUCAGUGGAGCAAAUAGCUAAUAAGUUAGAGGAAGUUAAUAAAGAGUUCACAAGUAUCCAGAAGGGAUUUUUAGCAAAGGAUCUCCAAGCAGAAGCACUAAAACAGCUGGACAAGAGGAUAAAAGGAACUGCAGAGCAGUUCAUGAAGAUCCUGGAACAGAUUGAUGCAAUUGUAAGUAAAUAACCACAGAAGAGGGUCAAAUCUCAAGAGAAACUUACUGUUAAGAGUAUAUCUUUCAUGUAAUUUAUUUGUUAUUUUAAAAUACUAAAACAUUGAUUUUGGCUUUGAAAAUUAGUUAAUUGGUUUGCUCAUUUUUUCUUUAAUAUCCAGCUCUUGCCCCUGUAUGUCUCCAAAAGGCUACUUGGCAGCAUCUAUUUCUAAAUGGUGACAUUAAUGCCUGUGUAUGCAUCCCCAUUCUACAGAAGAGCUUCAUUUGGGGCAGCAGCCUUUUAAGACUAC